GGGACGCCAACUUGUAUUAAUAAAAAAUAAUAUUUGUGAUUAAAAUCCAGGCCAAAAUCAGAGAAACUCCCCGAAAAAGCGUGCGCGUUCCCGAAAGACGUCACACGGAUCGAAGAAAAGUGCUCAAAACUGCAGCAAAAAGUGUGAAAACGUGAAAAAAAUCAAUCCCCUCAAGUAUAAUAAUUGAUGGGCAAUGUUAUAAAAUAAUAGAGAGAGAAAAAAAAAUAAAUUUUCCUGAUUUGCGGUAAAGGCGGCGAGCGAAUUGCGGGAUUGCAAUCACGGAAAAUUGCACAAUAGCGGAAAAGGCAGAAAAAGCAGGAACGACGAAGUAGCGGAAAAAUUGAUCAUCGUUUAUCGAUUUUUGUUGAUGAUAUUUUCAUCGCGGUGUGUGCUGUAUUGUUACAAAAUUACUGAUUCGCGUCAAGUGUUUGUGCAGCAACAAGCCGAAGAAUGGUCACACUGACAUGGUAAAGCGAUGUUGAGCCGUGGAUUAUGCAUUCGAGGCGAAUCUAAGGGCUUUCUAUCUCAGAUACCGGGAAAAAUAUGUUAGGAAUAAGUCGACGCGGAGUCAAUACAGGACCAUCAUUAACACUGGAGGAUCCAGCGGCAAAUUGGAAGGGCACUCCCACGGGAGGCCCCGAAUCUCAAAACAACGGAAAUGUCAAUAAUUUCGGCAAUAAUGCAAAUCCCAAUUUUAGCGGGCCCGUUUUUCCGCCAGCAGGCACAGGAUCGCCUGCGCCAACGGGAGCUCCGAAUUAUCAGCCAGCGCCCGGUUCAAAUACGCCACAAUAUACGGCAUCGCCGGCGCCAUCGGGAUCAUCGACGCCGGGACCUCAACAGAAUGUCGGAAAUGCGGGAUUUCCGCCGCCAAAUAAUAAUGCGGGUCCGCCGUUUCAAGGAGGCCCGAAUGCGGGAGGUCCUCAAAUGUCAUUUGGAUCGCCUUCGGGCGCAAGUACACCUUUUGGAAGACCAGGUCACUUUCCAUCUCCGGGCCCAGCAGGUCCGGGCAAUUUCGCCGGAGGACAAUUUGGAAUGCCGCCUGGAUCGCCGUUUCACGGACCUGGACCUCAUCCAAUGCAAGGAGGAAUGGGUCCCGGUCAAAUGAUGGGAGGUCCUCAUCCUGUAGAUAGAAUGGAUCAAGGUUUUAAUUACAGAGGCAUGAAUGUACCGCGGAGAAACACGUAUUUCGGACAACCCGAUUAUAGAAUCUACGAGCUCAAUAGAAGGUUGCAACAGAGAUCAGAGCAGGAAAGUGAUAAUUGUUGGUGGGAUUCUUUCGCAAAUGAAUUUUUCGAAGAUGAUGCGACACUAACUCUGUCAUUUUGUCUUGAAGACGGGCCUAAAAGAUACACAAUUGGAAGAACUCUAAUUCCCCGAUAUUUCCGCAGUAUUUUUGAAGGAGGUGUAACAGAGCUGUAUUUUACAAUGAAACACUCGAAAGAAUCAUUUCACAACACAUCCAUCACAUUAGAUUGUGAUCAAUGCACAAUGGUGACCAAUCAUAUUAAGCCUGUGUACACAAAAGUCUGUACCGAAGGAAGACUAAUACUUGAAUUCACAUUUGACGAUUUAAUGCGAAUAAAAUCAUGGCAUUUGGCUGUGAGGGCACAUCGUGAAUUGAUACCGCGAUCAGCUUUCGGCAUGCAUACGCAUCAACCUGGCUCAGAUCCGACAAUGUUAGAGCAACUGUCAAAAAAUAUAACCCGCCAAGGCAUUACAAAUUCAACGUUAAAUUAUCUUCGCUUGUGUGUAAUAUUAGAACCCAUGCAAGAGCUCAUGUCAAGGCACAAAGCUUACGCGCUGAGCCCCCGAGACUGCCUAAAAACUACUUUAUUUCAAAAGUGGCAACGAAUGGUAGCUCCUCCAGACACACAACGACCUGCCAAUAAACGACGCAAACGAAAAGGUUCAAAUUCCGGAGCAAAUGCAAUUCCCCCCGUUCCGAAGAAACGAUCUCCCGGACCAAAUUUUCCCCUUGCGUCGCAAGUGACUGACGUCAUGGUUGUCGGCGAACCAUCGUUAAUGGGCGGCGAAUUUGGCGACGAAGACGAACGCCUGAUAACGCGUCUCGAGAAUACGCAGUACGAUGCAACAGCAGCUCUCGACUCCGAGGGCCACACAAACUUUGGGCACGCAGAUUCGCCAAUGACAGGAGGACCCGGACCGAGUUGGCAGAUGGAUCGCAGCGGAAACGGCGUUGGCGGAAGCGCAGGACCCUCGAGUCAAGAUUCUGAAAAGAAAAGUCCGAAUGUGUCGCAGUGACAUGCAUAAUAUUAGGUUCGCCAUUCGCCAUUUUAUCGACAGAAUCGCAGAAAAAGUCACAAUUUUUGCCAAUAAAAUGGAGAUUUCGUGAACCGAGAACGUUUAUAGUGACAAAUUACUUGAUGAUGAUACUUAAAAAGAGAAAAAAAUCGGCAAAUGACUUGAAAUAUCAAUUAUUCGUAUGAUAUGACGACCAUAAAUUUAUACAGAAAGUGAAGAAUAAGCGUGAAAUUUUAUAUAAAUGUGAAAAUUUUGAUUGUCGUCGUUGAAAAAAAAAAUGAGAGAUGCACCAAUAGCUUAUUAUUUUCAUAGAAAUUAGAAAAUUCCAAUAUAUUCAUUCAAGAUUCGCUUCCGUUCACUUCCAUUGAUUUACCAUUCAAUUUUUUUGAUAAUCAUAAAUAAGCCAUAGUUAUAGAAAUUUCCAAUAUAACUAGGUAAAGAAAAAACAAUCACGUGUCAUAAAAUAUUGCAAUUUUAUUGCUAAUUAUCAUUUUUUGUUUGAUCAUAAAAAAAAGUAUUUAUUUUUGGCCUUCUCGUGAUAAAUUACUCGUAUUCCUAUUUAAUUGCAUAUUUUUUACUUUUAGUUCGGACCUUUCACUUCUGUAAAUAUUUAUAAAUAAAAAAAUAUAAAUUUCGACAAAAAAAGGUGCAAAUUUUGUGCACUUUGUUUGAACGAGAGAAAGAAGAUGGAAAGAAUUUACUUAGAUGUCCUUGUGAGUUUAAGCGCAGAAAAAAAGGAGAAAAUUAAAAAAUUAUAAAAAAUAAGUAGCAAAAAAAAACAAACAAAAAAUCUUUAAACUGUAAUUGUACUAUAUUAAUGUAUCAGUUGUGUAAGGUAAAAAAAAAGUAAAGAUAUGUAAUCUAUUAUUAUUAUUAUUAUUGAUCGAUAUGAUUGUAUCCUAUAUAAAAAAUAAUCUAGUUUAUUAUAAAAAGUAAGAAUUUGUAAACGUAAGUAAAAUAA